UGCAGAGUUAUUUAUUACUUGGCGACUUGGGCUGGAUAGGAUACCAUAUGUCACUUUCUUACAUCACCCAUAGCUCCCUUUGACUUGAAGAUGCGUCCAAUUUCCAAAUGAGAAAAUGAAGACAAUUUUAUGAAGAAAACGCCAUAAUCUUAAACAAUCCACAGUGGUCAAGAAAAGGAAACUGGCUGUAUGCUUGUGUUUCCAUUAAAUUAUUCUGAAGAGAUCAUCGAGUUUCAAAGCAAUUUGGUGGUUAUAAGCCAGAUUUUCUUUCAACCCAAACCCAAACUUCAAUAACCUUCCAUUACCCAUAAAAGAGAAAAUAUCACUACCCCCAAUGGAUCCAUGGUUUUGCUUUUGCCGUCUAGUUUUCUUCUCAUGCCUCCUCUUCUCUGCAACUCAAUGCUCGGCGGCAACGUGCCGCAGUUCAGAGAGGUCUGCCCUGUUGCAGUUCAAGGAUAGCUUCGCCGCCGACCCUUCUUGCUCCGGCGAUCCUCCAAUGGUUGCUUCGUGGGCGGCGGAAGGCGGAGGAGACGACUGCUGCUCGUGGGUCGGCGUCGAGUGCAGCAACCAGACCGGAAACAUUAUCGGACUUAACCUUGCCGGCGGAUGUCUGUACGGUUCCAUUGACUCUAACAGCAGCCUCUUUGGACUUGUUCAUCUUCAAACGCUUGUUCUUGCUGGAAACAACUUCAAUUUCUCCGAAAUCCCUGAAAGUAUUGGACGGCUUUCUGAUUUGACGCGCCUGGAUCUUUCUGCUUCUGUGUUUUCUGGGCAAAUCCCUUCGGCAAUAUCGAGGUUGUCCAGGUUAUCAUACUUGGAUUUGUCUGGAAAUGUUGAUGAUUCUUUAAAUCCAUUGUUGGAGCUGAAGAACCCUGAUUGGAGAAAUUUGGUUCUGAAUCUUACUAGCUUGGAGACCCUGCGUCUCAGUAGGGUUAAUAUCUCUUCUGCUGUUCCUGAUUUUCUUGCAAAUCUCUCUUCUUUGGAGAAUCUCUUCCUGGGGCAAUGUGGGUUGACUGGAAAUUUUCCUCAGAAAAUCUUUCACUUACCGAAUCUGCAGCAUCUUGUUCUUCCAUACAAUCCAGGCCUCUCUGGUACUUUGCCUGAGUUCAACUUGAACAGUUCUCUUGUGAGGAUAUGGCUCGAACAAAGUGCAUUUCAUGGUGAAAUACCCUCUUCAGUUGGAAAUCUUAAGUCCUUGACUUGGUUGAACUUAGCAGAUAGUAACUUUUCUGGGAUAGUUCCUUCCACAAUUGGUAACCUUACCAAACUCCAGCUGUUAGACCUUCAUUUAAACAACUUUACCGGGCGAAUUCCUUCGUCCCUCGAACAGCUAACCGAGUUGGAUCGUGUACUUCUUAGCUAUAACAAUUUUAGAGAUGCAACCUUGUCUUGGGUUGGUAAGCAGAAUAAGCUUACUUACCUGGGACUUUCUGGGAUCGGUUUGAGUGGUACUCUGCUGCCCUCUGUUGGAAACUUGACUAAGAUUGUUUCGCUACUUCUCGGCGAAAAUCGAUUGACAGGUGAGCUUCCAUCUUGGAUAGGUAAUUUUACCCAGCUAACUGAAUUCCAUCUGUAUGGGAACAAAUUGAGCGGUUCAAUCCCGCAGUCUUUUUCUCAACUUAUUAACCUUCAGAACCUUUAUCUUCAGUAUAAUCACUUGAAUGGGACUGUGCAAUUAAGCAUGUUUUUGAAGUUCCCGAACCUUACUGAACUUCACCUAACUGCCAAUGAUUUGACUGUUCUUGACGAUCAUAUCAGUAGCCCAAAUGCAACUCUUCCAAAGUUCAACUUGCUAGGACUUGGAUCGUGCAAUUUAACUCAAAUUCCAGCGUUUCUUGAACAUCAAAAUCAGAUAGAGGUAUUAGAACUUGGAGAAAACAAUAUUCAAGGCCAAAUACCCAAAUGGAUGUGGAAUAUGAGCAGAGAAAGUUUGAAGGUUUUCAACUUGAGUCACAACGCCCUGACAGGGGUAGAAGAAUCUCAAGACGCUCUUCCUUGGGUUAAUCUCUAUGUAUUAGAUCUCUCUAAUAACAGGUUACGAGAAUCAUUUCCAUUUCUACCUGCCAUAUGCAAGCUAAGUUCACUUGUGGCCCUUGAUUUGUCUAGUAAUCUAAUGAGUGGUGUUCUUCCACCGUGUAUUGGGAAUUUCAGUUCUUUGGAUAUCAUGAAUUUUAGACAAAACUCGCUUCAUGGAACUAUUCCUGAUACCUUCAUAAAUGGGAGCAAAUUAAGGUUCAUUGAUUUCAGUCAGAAUCAGUUGCAAGGUCGAGUACCAAGAUCAUUAGCCAAUUGUAAGAGUCUGGAAAUCAUUGACUUGAGUGACAACCAAUUGACCGAUGGUUUUCCUUUUUGGAUUGGAAAUCUUCCCAUGCUAAGACUUCUAAUUCUACGGUCUAAUCACUUCCAUGGAAAAAUCGAAGAACCCGACACAAAUACCGAGUUCCCCAUGAUGCGAAUCGUUGAUCUCUCCCACAAUAACUUUUCGGGUAAUCUCCCUUUGAAGUAUCUAACUAAUUCRAAAGGAAUGGAGAUUUUCAACAAUACUGCUUCAACAUAUAGAAACACAUUUGUAAGUUUCUCAUUCAACUAUGUUUGGGCACUUGAAUUUUUCUACUCUACCACAAUAACCAUCAAAGGUUUUGAGAGAAACUACUCAAGGAUCCAAGAAGUCUUUACGAGUAUCGAUCUCUCAAGUAAUAGAUUUGAAGGUGAAAUACCAGAUCUUGUUGGGAACCUAGAAGGCCUCCAAUCUCUCAACGUUUCCCACAACACGCUCACUGGCCGCAUCCCACCAUCGAUGGGGAAUAUGGCACGACUUGAGUCUUUGGACCUUUCGCACAACCAACUCUCAGGACCAAUACCUCAGCAACUCUCACGGCUUAAUUUCCUUGCAAUAUUUGACAUCUCAUACAACAACCUCUCCGGUCCGAUACCACAAGGGAACCAAUUUAACAAUGUCGAUAACAGUUCGUAUGCAGGCAACAUGGGAUUAUGUGGAGCACCAUUGUCAAAAAAAUGUGGAGAUUCCGAGCCACCUUCAUCGGGCUCUGACGAGGAUGAAGAUGAAGAAUCAGAUUUUCACAUUAGCUGGAAGACGGUGUUGAUUGGAUAUGGAUGUGGAGUGUUGGUUGGAAUGGUUGUAGGGAACUAUAUUCUUACAAGGAAGCAAGAAUGGUUCAACAAGACCUUCAAAUUUGGAAAACCCAAACAGUGGGAGGACUGAAUGACAGCAAGAUGCAUGAGACUCGGGAGUGGAUGACACUGGGUACCUCAGAUGCCUGAAUCUGCAAGAUAAUUGAAGAACAUACUGCUGCUUUAUCCUACAUUUUUGUUUUUCUUUGUGUAAAGUUUUGCUUCUUUUACACACGUAGGGAACAGAAUUGGGAACUGUACCAUAUUGUUGUAGUAUAUGUAAUGUACAGUAUUUCUAAUUCAAAGACAGUAAACUCCCACCAUCUAACAGCUGAGUUUGCAAGUUAUAGAUGCUUCAAAUGGAGGAUUUUCAA